AUGACGGUUUCCCGGGGACUGAUGGUAACAGAGAGAGUGCACGGCAAUGACGAUGCACUGGAAAGUCAGUCUCUAAAUUUCCAACCACCUUCACCAUCUCCCACACCACUCUUAUCAAUUAUUGGAACAUUUCAAGGAGACAUCAUGGCCUCAGUUAUCAAGAAACUCAGGGAGGAAGCCACUUGCUCCAGCUGCCUGCAGCUGAUGAUUGAUCCUGUGGUUCUUGACUGUGGGCAUAGCUUUUGCUAUACGUGCAUUAUGGGCAUCAAUGGCAACCAGAAAGGGGACCUACCAACAGAUGGAAUAAAUUUCUGUGCUCUGUGUACGCACAUAUUUCAUAUAGAGAGCCUCAGACCCAACAAGAAGCUGCAAAGCAUCAUUGAAACUAUCAAGAACAUGAGCUGUGAAAAGUUGUGCGAGGAACACGGAGAGAAGCUCCACCUCUACUGUGAAGAUGAUGACCAGCUCAUCUGCUUGUGCUGUGAACGAAAACCGCAGCACAGAGGACACGUCUUGGUGCUUGCUGAAGAUGUCUGCCAAGACUACAAGGAAAAGCUACAGGAAGCAGUGACAAAAUUGAGGGAAGACGAGUCCCAAUGUAACAACCUGAAGUUGUUCCUAAGAAAACAGAGGACAGAAUGGGAGGAGAAGGUCAAGCUUCAGAGGCAAAAAAUCCAGUCUGAAUUUGAGAAUAUCUGUAGCUUUCUGCACCAGGAGGAGAAGCAUUUUCUAAGGAGGUUGGGAGAAGAAGAGAAGCAUAUUCUGUGUCAACUGCAGGAAGGUGAAGACAAUCUGGAAAAACAAAGCCUGGAACUGCAAAACCGCAUCCUGGAACUUGAGAGGAAAUGUGAGGACACAGUACAGAAUUUGAUGGAGGGUGUGAAACUCGCCUUGAGCAGGAGUUUUGAUGUGAAGCUGGAAUUGCCAGAGGCCAUCUCUUUGGACCUUCAUACUGUGUGCAAUGUUUCUGAGCUUUACUUUGACGUGAGGAAAGUAUUAAAGAGAUAUCAAGUCAGUGUGACGCUGGAUCCAGAAACAGCUCAUAGUGACCUACUUCUGUCUGAGGACGGGAGAAAGGUGACUGGUGGCUCUCCUCAGCAGAAGCCGCUCUCUGCCAGCAGAUUUACUGCCUUAACUUCUGUCCUGGGUUGUGAAGACUUCAAAGCAGGAAGAUGUUAUUUUGAAGUAUUCGUAGGAGACGCCAAAUUUUACAUAUUAGGUGUUUGUCUAGAAAAUGUGCCGAGAGACGUUAGUGUGAAGCUACAGCCUGAGACCGGAUUCUGGGCCAUCAGACAAUGCACUGACAGAGGCUUUCAAGCUCUUACCUCACCACGAACCUCCCUUCCUCAGGAGUUUCUCUCGGUUGUGGGGGUUUUUGUGGACUAUGAGGCCGGACUUGUCUCCUUUUACAACAUGGACACUGGCUCCCACAUCUUCACCUUCCCCAAGGCUUCCUUCUCUCACACUCUCCUGCCCUUUUUCCUGGUAUUCCCAUCUUCUUCUCUGACCAUGUUGGGAAAGACGCAACCCGCCCUGCACCAACUUUCCAGGGUAGAGGAUUUAUGA